UAAUGCUGAAUGAAUCAUAGGGCAGGCUGGCGUCCUGCGGUUGAACACUGGACUCCGAAAACAUUCCCUAGCCGCCAGCUAGAUGGAUGACACGGGGACCCAAGACAACUCGGUUCAGUGAGAGCAGGGGUGCUCGAUGCUCAAUUUCCUCUUUUCAUCCGAGUAUUUUGUACACAUAUGAUGGAACGGGCGAUGGAGCAGUUAAAUGUACAGCUGAAUCGGCUGACGCGUUCUCUACGCCGCGCCAGGACUGUGGAACUCCCGGAAGACAAUGAGACAGCAGUAUACACACUCAUGCCCAUGGUGAUGGCUGACCAACACAGAUCAGUAGCUGAACUACUCUUGAAUUCUAAGUUUGAUGUCAACUAUGCCUUUGGUCGGGUGAAGAGAAGUCUCCUUCAUAUUGCUGCCAAUUGUGGAUCAGUGGAGUGUCUGGUUCUGCUGCUGAAGAGAGGUGCCAAUCCAAACUAUCAGGACAUAUCUGGCUGCACCCCCCUCCAUCUGGCUGCCAGGAAUGGACAGAAGAAAUGUAUGGGAAGGCUGCUGGAAUACAAUGCAGAUGUCAACAUUUGCAACAAUGAGGGACUGACAGCUAUCCAUUGGCUGGCUGUGAAUGGCCGCACUGAGUUACUGCACGACCUGGUGCAGCACGUUACCAACGUGGACGUGGAGGACGCCAUGGGCCAGACCGCUCUGCACGUGGCCUGCCAGAACGGACACAAGACGACCGUGCUUUGCUUGCUGGACAGUGGUGCAGACAUCAACAGGCCCAACGUCUCUGGAGCGACGCCGCUCUACUUUGCUUGCAGUCACGGCCAGAGGGACACUGCCCAGAUUCUGCUCUCCAGAGGGGCCAAGUAUCUAGCAGACAAGAAUGGGGUCACGCCACUGGACCUGUGUGUGCAGGGUGGCUAUGGAGAGACCUGUGAGAUUCUCAUUCAGCACCACGGCAGGCUCUUCCAGACCCUUAUCCAGAUGACUCAGAACGACGAGCUCAAAGAGAGCAUGCUCAGGCAGGUUCUGGAACACGUCUCGCAGCAGAGUGACUCUCAUUACCAGCGCAUUCUUACCAGUCUGGCUGAGGUUGCCACCACCAAUGGACACAAGCUUCUCAGUUUGUCCAGUAGCUACGAAGCUCAGAUGAAGAGCCUUCUACGCAUCGUCCGCAUCUUCUGUCACGUGUUCCGCCUUGGCCCAUCCUCGCCCAGCAACGGCAACGACAUGGGCUACAACGGCAACAAGACACCCCGCAGCCAGGUCUUCAAGGUCAGCAGGCACCAGAGCGUUCAAAUGUGGAGGGCGGACGCCAUCAGACCCCUGGAGUUGCUGUGGCACUCUCUGGACGAGUGGCUAGUGCUCAUCUCCACCGAGCUGGAGCGGACGCAACGUGACCCUUCUUCCUCGUCCGGCACGUCUGGUAGCGACAUCGCCUCCCUCCUGAGGAAGCAGCACGAGGUCGAGCCUCGCCCCUCCUCCCCCCCUUUCCUCCCCUCCUCCUCCUCCUACCCCUCUGCCUCCCCUUCCCUCAUGUCCUCCUCCCCAGCUUUCUCCCCACCACCCUCCGUCGCCGUGGAAACGGCUGAAUCACCUGCGCUGACGUCCCUCCCCCCGUCGCUGGACGCCGAGUCUGUGGGAGUGAAGCCGGCGGACAUGUGCGCAGACGGCCAGGAUGUCAUCGCCAUGACGGCCAACCGCCUCAGUGCCGUCAUCCAGGCCUUCUACAUGUGCUGCUCCUGUCAGAUGCCCCAAGGGAUGACCUCGCCACGCUUCAUAGAGUUUGUGUGUCGACAUGAUGAGGUUUUGAAGUGUUUUGUAACCAGGAAUCCCAAGAUCAUUUUUAACCAUUUCCACUUCCUGUUAGAAUGUCCAGAGCUCAUGUCCCGCUUCAUGCACAUCAUCAAAGGCCAGCCCUUUAAGGACCGCUGCGAGUGGUUCUAUGAGCACCUGCUGGCUGGGCAGCCGGACUCGGACAUGGUGCACCGGCCAGUCAACGAGAACGACAUCCUGCUGAUUCACAGAGAAUCCAUCUUCCGCAGCAGCUGUGAGGUGGUGUUCAAGUCCAACAACGAGAAACUGAAGCAGGGCAUCGCCGUGCGUUUCCAUGGCGAGGAGGGAAUGGGCCAGGGCGUGGUGCGGGAGUGGUUUGAUAUUCUGUCCAAUGAGAUCAUCAAUCCAGACUAUGCCCUCUUCACCCAGUCUGCAGAUGGGACAACAUUUCAGCCCAACAGUAACUCCUCUGUGAAUCCAGACCAUCUUAACUACUUCCGUUUCGCUGGUCAGAUUUUGGGUCUGGCUCUCUACCACCGUCAACUAGUCAACAUCUACUUUACACGUUCCUUCUACAAGCACAUACUAGGCAUCCCAGUGAACUACCAGGACGUGUCCUCCAUCGACCCGGAGUACGGCAAGAACCUCCAGUGGAUCCUGGACAACGACAUCAGUGACCUGGGCCUGGAGCUGACCUUCUCUGUAGAGACGGAUGUGUUCGGGGCCAUGGAGGAGGUGCCGCUCAAACCAGGCGGCACCACCAUCCAGGUCACCCAGGACAACAAGGCGGAGUAUGUCCAGCUGGUGACAGAGCUGAGGAUGACCCGAGCCAUCCAGCCCCAGAUCAACGCCUUCCUACAGGGCUUCCACACCUUCAUCCCCCCCUCCCUCGUUCAGCUGUUCGAUGAGUAUGAACUGGAGCUGCUUCUCUCCGGGAUGCCAGAGAUCGAUGUAAUGGACUGGACCAGGAACACGGAGUACACCAGUGGCUAUGACCUGCAAGAGCCUGUUAUCCAGUGGUUUUGGGAGGCGGUGGAAAACUUCACCCAGGAAGAGAGAGUGCUCCUGCUGCAGUUUGUGACUGGCAGCUCCAGGGUUCCCCAUGGAGGCUUUGCAUAUCUCAUGGGAGGGAGCGGUUUACAGAAGUUCACCAUCGCUGCUGUGCCCUACACCCAGAAUCUCCUGCCUACCUCUAGCACCUGCAUCAACAUGCUGAAACUUCCAGAAUACCCCAGCAAGGAAGUGCUGCGCGACCGGCUGCUGGUGGCCCUGCACUGCGGCAGCUACGGCUACACCAUGGCAUAAGGAUGGACCUUACAACUGCUGCCGCAUCUGGGUGUGUGUGUGUGUGUGUGUGUGUGUGUGUGUGACACACAGACAAUAUAUUGUUUGUGAAUGUAUGUCCGCUUGUAUUCAAGAGAGUGAAGUGCAAGUUUCUGCGAGAGAAAGUGGAGAUCAGUCCUUAGAGUGAGUGUGUGUGUGUGAGAGAGAGAGAGCGAGUAUAUACACUCCAUCACAGGGAUAUUUUCUCUGCUCUCCUUCUCUGAUAUCCCCAGAGCCCCUUCUAUGGCAUUGUCUCAGGUUGUGUGUGUGUGUGGGAAACAGUAUCAUAGGCUGCCUAAGAGUAAUAAUGCAGACAUAAGAGCCUAUUGGCCAAUCGAUCAGCACUGCCGCACGGAUAUAUUAUGAUCACAGGACACAAUUUGUUUUCAAUAAAUUUGUAUGCUGUGUGUUUGUAUGUGAAAAGAGUGUGAGGGAAGGAUGUGAAAGGUGUGUGUGUGUGUGUGUGGAGAUGUGUGUGUGUGUGUGUGUGUGUCUGUGUAGGGAAUAAGUCAGUAUUUAGCCCUCUCUUAGCCACCUUGUCAAGCUGCUAAAUUCAAGUGACAUUAGUUUUAAGUUUCCUAAAACUGUUAGUAGAGAUCUCAGAAAAUAGUGUCUGAUGGAGGAGAAUAUCAGGGCCAGAUUUGAUUCCAAGCUGAGCUCCCACACGGGGCAGCAUCGGCUGUGUGUGUGUGUGUGUGUGUGUGUGUGUGUGUGUGUGUGUGUGUGUGUGUGUGUGUGUGUG